AUGUGUACUACCUAUUUCUCCACCUAUAUCAACUGCAGCCACCGUCCUUUCCGGCGAACGAGAUGUCCUCUCUACAACCAAGAUCCUCGAGCCUGUACCCGUAAAGUUGAAGUUCUCACAGACGAAGGCCUUCUCUGCCCAGCUUGUUUCGAUCAGGUCGUUUGGGUUCGAUCCAACGGUGAAUGGGAUGUCGUAGAAACACCAGAUGGUGAUCUUGCGAAAGAUGAUUGGGUAGAGGUUGUGCGAGUCGGAUAUGAUUGGAGGGAGGAAAGUGAACUGAAAAAUGCAAAGCCUCGUGUCAAGCGAGACAAAGCACCUGUGCUCUCCAAAUUCGACGGCACAAAGCCGGUAUCCAAGGCAACCGAGAAAUCGAAUCAGCAAUGGGAGGAGACUCUAGGAGAUCAUGCGCUCCCUCUGGCAGAAUGCUCAGAAGAAGUAUUACCGAACUCCCAGAGGCUAUCUAACAGUACAGAAAGCUUGCCCAAGUUUUCGAAAUGGUCCAACGAGUAG